UUCUCGCACUGGGCUCAACGCUGCAAGAUCCCGCCGUGCCCCAACUGCCACUUCAGUCGCAAGUCUCGACGUUUUGAGCGUUUCCCUUCCAACUGUGAGAAGUGUGGGUUCAAGCUCCCGUACGAUAUGGCAGAGCAGCAGAGCUCGGGGAUGGCUGUGGAGGAAGGUGAUGGCGUGGAGAGCGUGGAAAGCAGCAGUACUUCUGCUAGGGUCACACCCGACCCGUCAGAACUAGAUGGAAUUCCCGGCGAGUGGAGUGAAGGUAAGCCCGAUGUCUUUGACAAUGCAGAAUACGAGGAGACGACAGAAAUGGAGGAAGGGGUCGAGGAGAAGAAACACGGUAAGGGGAAAGGUAAACGCAAGAGUCGGACCGAGGCUGUGGUGAUCUCAACCGACAUGACAAGUGCGGUACCACAGAGUCUUAUUCCUCAGAGUCUUAGUAUGGAAGGCACUAUCAUGGCAACCACACGUAGUGGGAGGGCGUACAAACAAACUACCUCACCUGAGGCAGUUUGCGGUAGCAAGAAAGUCUCAAAAGGUUCAGUGCAGGCUGACACAGAACUGUCACCACAGCCAAGUGCCACACCUUCUAUUAAUCAGGGGGCAAGUGUAUCUGAAAAAUCAAAGGAGGCACCAGUCACUGAUCCCAAGUCUCCUGCUACACUAGCAACUACCUCCUACACCCAGGAUAACCAACCUUUCGAAGACACUCUGUUCAUGAAUGCAGCACCAUUGACUUCAGUGGGAGUAGCCGAGCAAGGUGCAACAGUUAUUUCUACUUUGGUGGAAAUUUCCAGAGCAUCACUGGCUACUGCAUUCGGAGGAGUUGCUACCAAGACAGCAUUUUCCUCAGUUCAAACAGCAGAACAAGGCGCUUCCAACACACCACUGUCUACUUCAGUGGAAGAGGUCAAACAAGAGAAUUCCAAUGAGUGUCUACGAAUGGAUGAGGUGGCAAAUACCACUCAGCCCCUCUCUACAGCCACAACACCCCAGCCGCUCUCCCCAGCACCCCUGCCAGUCUCCCCAGUUACAACACCUGACUCUCCCUCCCCUGCCAUCUCCCCAAUCCCAGAACCCCAGCCUCUCUCCCCACCAGCUACUGCCACAGAGACCAGUACAGCAGCUCCACUGGAGGCAGAGUCAGUACAACCACUAGAGCCAACCCUGUCCCCACCACAUACCAAAGCACCACUACCACUUACACUGUCACCACCACAGCCACCAGAGGAGCAGCGAAACGAAAAAGUCCAGGAGUUGGAUAAAAAUAACCAAAGCUCUGGUGGGUCUGCUUUGUUUGUGGACCAGGAAGUGCAAGUUGUUCCCUGCGGUGCAUUACAACUCGAGCAGUGCCCAAGUAUACCCAUGAAACUCCCACCUACAUCAGUUGGACUUAGUAUUGAUGUUGCGGCUGAGAGUCGGGGAGAAGAGGCAAACAACAGAGGUGAGACGACUUGUGCAUCUGCAUCAGACGCUGCUGAGCAAACUCAGAGAGAGACCAACGGUUCGAGUUACAGUGAACCGCUUCCCAUGGCAGUAGACCCUUUAUUUCCACCAGUUUCCCAGCCACCGUUUACACUCAGCAGUGCCGUGCAAACAGACAGAAUUACCGACGGGGGUGACGAAAAAGGAGAAAAGGGAGAGAGUGAGGAGGUGGAAGUGUUUUCAAACAUCAGCAGGAGUUUGCCAUUUCUCCGCUCGGUGCUGAGUCAUGCCCAGGGUGUCAGUGAACAGGGCGGAGCUCUCAGUGCAACCUUCAAGGACGUGGCCACCUCCACAACUACUGCUACUGCCAGCGGUGGGUCCCUAGGUUUGCCUGUGCUCUACACGAGUAACCUGCAGGGCCUGGAAGACCAGGGAAAGUCUCAGCCAAAUCAAAACUCUUCCACAGUCUCUUCAGCUGCGAGCAGCAACUUUCCCAUUCUGUCUACUGCGAGUAUGGAUAUUCAAACUAUGUCCAUCACUGAAGCCUGCACCAUAACCACCAACGCCCUAGUUUCAGAGACUUCUGUUUCCAUACCAGCAGCCACAGAGAGUGUGGCUCCACCAUGUGAUGAUAUGGUGGUCACUGAGAGUGGUACUCUCCCUCCUGCCACUACAGCAACCCUCAACUCUGGCCGACCAGAUCCUCCCAAGAUAACUGCCAAGCCGGCACAGAAACAAGGGAAGGGGAAAGGAGCUGUGGGGAAAGACGGAAAGCCACUCACGUCCAGGAAGAGGAAGCAGCCGAAGUUGCAGGAGAAAAAGGAGGAGACGAAACAGAGCAAACCCAGAAAGCCCAGAACCAAGAAGUCCAAGGUAAUGACAGCAACACCCCCUACAGUAACGGAGGAGCAGUCGACUGCAGCUAUUUCGAUGCUUGCAACUUCAAUCGCUCAGGAACUGCAACGCAAACCGAGCAUGUCCCCCUCGAUUGUCCUGGGGCAACACCCCAAGCACUCUUUCUCGCAGUACUUCUACACAGAGGAUGGAAAGCUAGGAUCUUCACUUGGCCCUGCCGGACCCAGUGGCUCUGGGUUGGGUGAAGGACCCAAGACGUCUUCUACCAAGCGAUCUCCCUCAAAGCUGAAGGAGUCGCAAGAGCCACCUCUCAAGAAGAAGAAACUCGCUACAAUUGCACCCAACAACCCACUGACGUCGACGGCAAGUGCCCCUGGGGGUCCCAUGGGGCAGCUUCCACUGAAAAUACCCCAGCUCUGCCACCAGCUAGCCAGCACCCUCAGAAUGUCCUCUUCGGGUAUCCUCUCUCUUCUGCAGACAGUUCUCUCCACUCAAAACCCCAGCAUCGCAGGUAUUUCUGGUGGCGGCAUUGUCAGUAGUGCCGGCGGGACCUCCCUAGUUGCGUGUAGUCCGUCUUCUUCCGCCGCCUCCAACCCGCUCGCUUCAAACUUCUUUCCACCCCUCACAAUGUCUUUCCAGUCCUUGGCUGCGGUGCUGUCCAACAUGCCAAUAGCCACUGCUCCCAUCAGGCUCUCUGGUACACAGGUCACAGCUCGACCACUGCUUCCCUCCACCGCCACAACAUCUGCAACUCAAACCUUGUCCACUACCACCUUCAUACCUACGACUACGGCUGCACUGCCACUGGCUCUACCCACCAUGUUCCCCUCCCUGGGCCCACCAGGCUCCGUACCUGGGGAACAGCUCUUGGCUCAGAACGAGGCAUCCGUCGGAACGCAGACCGCAGUUAAGAUGGACACCCUCAAGUCCUUCAUGCCGGCUAUAUCCAGCUCUCUCUCCCCGCAACUCCUCACUCUUCCCAACCCUCCACAGCUGACAGCAAAUCCCACGAACCUCCCUCCUCUCCCUCCUCCUGCUCCACCAUCGUCCCUGGUACCCAGAGACCUCAAGCCACUCUUCCAGUCCGUCCUCUUUGGCCAGCAACCACCGCCACCCCUCACUUCAACACCAGAGCUUUUCCUAUCCUCGACUACCACCUCGACUGCAGCCGUUCCUCUUCCUGUGAUCCAAUCCAACAUCUCGUCCUCCUCUUCCUCCUCGUACGUGACACUUCCCAUGACCAGUGCCCCAAUUUUCACCUCCCUUCCCUUUCUUCCUACUCAUACAAACGUCCUCCCCUUUCCUACCGGGACCAAUGUCACGCUACCUCAGAUGCCAUCUGACCCCGGUGUGCAGCCUCUAUUGAUUUCUUCUCUCCCUGAACCCUCCUCAACGAACAGCGCUCCCUCCCAAGCUCUUGCUGGGCUGGGCCUCCUUCCUCCUCCACCACACCUUCUACAACCCCCGUACCCUCCUUCCUCCCGUUCAUUUCCCCUCACCUCUCACGCACUCGAUCCAGGGGGCGAACCCUCCUCGUCAAAUCCCCUGUUUGCUACUUCCCAUCACCUCACGGCCCCAGCCCCACUCAUCCCUUCCCUGUUGAGACCGGGGAUCAGUUCAGGCGCCGUCCCUGGCAUGGCCGGCAGUAUCUCCAGUGGCUUGCCACCUCUUGGCCAUCAGCAGGUCAUCUACACUCAGAGCAUCACGUCACCGAAAGUGUGCCCAGGACUCCAGCCAUCCUCCUCCACUACCACAUCUGUAGACUCUAACCUUCAGGUGCUGGUAACAAACGUGCAGUCACGUAUCAAUGAAGCCCUGUCCAAGAGCGCACCAGAAUCAAAAGCCUCUGAACCAGCAAUACCGCUGCCACAUGUCCCCGCACCUGUUACCACCACCGCCGCAGUUUUCCCCCCUGUUCCGCCACCUUUGACCCCGGGUCCUCCGCUGUCAUUUGUUUCAAAGGGACCAAACAGCACUAGCCACGCUCAGUACCUCAUGCCACACCCUCCCCCACAGAAAAAGAGGGGCGUGGUCAUCACCAAGCUCGCCGGACCCAUCUCGACUGCACUGAGCCAUGCCGGGGACCGCAUGGGGCGAGAGGGGAGUCGACAUAGCAGCACCAGCAGUCUCAAGAGUGGGGACGACCCUUUAAUCCCCGUCCAAUCAGUCAAGGGCUCCAACUCCUCACACCAGUGACCCUCAAGAGGGGCAGGAGGGGCAGGGGCAGAGUAGCGAGACGGGGCACAAGCCAGCGGGAGGAGGAGGAGGAGAGAGGCGAAGAAGGAGAAAACCGGUCCUGAAGGAGUUGUCUGGAUAUGACGUGGAGGAGGGUGCAGAUGACGACGACAUGUCUACGUCGACGACCAGCUCGGUACACGUCCCCGGACCCUGUUUCUCCGUCUAUGAACUACGGAACAAACUGUUUAUGACCCUGUCUCCCAAUGCCGUGUACAUAUACACCUACAAGAACCAGAUCAAGAGCUUCAAACUCCCCAUACACUGGGUGUACAUUUUGAAGAGGAUGGGAGGAAUGCUUGAGUCAUGUCACACGUGUCGACUGAUGGACCUGGAGCAUGUGCGUGGCAUGUGCACCCACUACGGUCUGUCCCUCCCUGACACCCUCGACUCCCUCUGUCGCAACGAACUACCCAAAGGAAGGAGAGUGAUAGACCUGAGCAGCAUAGAGCCAGAGAGCCUGGGUCCACUCCAUCUGGAGGAGAUCCCACUCUGCUCAUUCACGGAGAAGGGCCGACCCUACAAACCCAAGUCGAAGAAGAACAAGAAGAAAUGGAGGAAAGACGAGGAGCACAGGAGCAAGAGGAAGGCAGAUAUGGUUGACCAGGAGACUAGGAGGAGCAGUGGGAAGGAUCAGGGGGGAGAGGUAAAGGAGAGUGUUGGUGGUGGUGGCAGGAAGGUACCCAAGGCCUCAACCAGCAGCUCUGUGGGUGGUGAGAGGGAGCUGCUGGAGGGAGAAGAGGAGGUGGAGGGAGAAGAAGAGGGGGAGAGGGAGGAAGAGGAGGAGGGAGGAGAGAGGGAGGGUGGGGCGGGAAACUGGGCACUGAACAAGAAGGAAAAGCACCACAAGCUUGGGAAACGUUCCCCUCCGCCACUCAUCAAACGCCCACUCUCACCCAUAUCAAGCAGAACCAAGAAGAAGCCGUGUCCAUUCUGCGGGGCCCAGGUCCUCAAACGGAGCAAGAAGUGCAGCGCCUGCAAUAAGAACUUUGGAGUGUACACGUUUGGUAGGAAGCAGUGUUUGUACUGCGGGCGAGUCAACCUGGCCAGGAUGGCUCGUUGUAAUGAGUGUGGACAGAGUCUGGACAAGGCCCCCAGUGCUAGACCCAAGGAAGGAGAAGAGAGUUGUGUCUCUUCCUACUCGUCACACAAGAGGUCUGACUUCAUCUUUGGAGUUCGGAAGCGACGAAAGGUUCACAGCGUACCACUGGCCUUCUCUGGUGGGUUCUACUCUGGCUACCACAGCCACCAACACCAGCAGCACCAGCAGCUAGCCUCCUCCUCUCCCUCCACCUCCUCCUUCAAGAUGAGAAGGAGUAAUGAGCAGUCUCCAGUGGAAAGUGGUCAUGGUGCCCCAGGUGAGGUGGUGAGUGACGAGGAGGAGAUGGAGGAGGGAUGGAGAGAGGAGGGAGGAGGAGAGGAGGGAGGAGGAGAGGAGGGAGGGGAGGACACACAGGAGGAAGAGGUGCUCACCAAUAAGACACCCGCUACUGACGGAGAGACUGCCGUCAAAACCAAGACAAAAUCACGGACGAAGUCGACAUCUUUGUCUAAUCCUAAGCAAGCAGGUUACCGGUAUGGCCAUAUUCCGUGGGCUGAUGCAGAUAUCACCGUACUAGUGGACGAGAAGGGAGUUACCAAGUUCUGUUUGCAAGAGCUCAUAGCAAAGGUAAUGGCAGGACACACAAAGGCAGAGGUGUUUGACAUGGUACGUGACCUGGACCUACCUCUAGAGCAAGGCAACCUCCAGCUCCUCAAGAAACUACAAGCUCUAGGACUCCAUGCUAACAGGUCUCCGAUGUGUAAGCUGAUAGCCACAGAGGAGCUGUGGUUGCUGCUGGAUGCCCUCCAGGAACCUGUGCCUGAGGAGGUCCACCAGCACCUGGAGAAUAUCAACACUUCCUCCACCCCUCUACUGGUGAGUUACCUUCACCACCCCUCACUGUCUCCAGGCAGUAUUUCUAUACGUACUGCGGCAGUGGUGGCCACAGCUCCGCCCACCACCAACAGCGCCGAGGAGGAAGAGCAAACUAAAUCAUUUGAGUCGACUCUGCACGAGAUGCAGUGCAGUGACGGACAGUACAUAUCAGUCCUCCGCAAGUGGAAUGGAGAGCAGUAUGUCUGCCUACCAGAGAUGUGGCGGAAAUACUUCCCUGAGGUGAACCGUAACCAUCUGUCCAGUGCCCUGCGUCGACUGGAGCUGGAGACUCUCAUGCCAACUGCUCAACAGGCCACUCUCCUCAGAUCUGCCCAAGUCAUCUCCAUCAGGGGUGCCCCGGGCCGACUGAUGAAAUUGGAGCACAUGCAGGCGCUGUUGGACGACUUCUGCAUUCCUCUCCAGCUGGCUACUGGCAGUACCCAGGAACAUGACCCAGCCAGCAAGGACAAAGUAAAGCAGGCCGUCUCAUCAGCCAGUACUACUGGUGUCCUGAAGCCAGUGAGCAGUCGACCAGUUGGCAGACCAAGGCUCCACAUUCCUCAGUCCUCACUGCCUCCCGGGAAGGUCCUGGCCUCCAGAGAGGAUAUGGAGUAUGCCCAGUGUAUGAGGAAUGUGCUGACAUCGGUCAAUAGCAGCGAUCUGGUGGCCCUACUGGAGGAGACUCGACUGGAGUCUGAGCAACAGGCAGACGUUGCAGACUCCCAUGCUAACGACGUGGACUCCCAGCUGGACAGACUGGGUCAGCUGAUACACACUCGCCGAGAGCUAUCCACCGUCCUCUCCCGCGAGAUGGGUUUCGUCAAUGCUUCGGCCCACGGGUACAUGUCCGAGGUCGUACGAAUCACUCACACGGAGAGACAAGUGCUCCAGAACCUCGAUACACUGCUCAGCUCACUGAAAAUUUCCCUCCUCUAGCUAUAUAUCACCACCUCCCUCCCUCUCCUAUAUUAUUCCCUUCUCUCUUUCCUUGUGUUAUAAAAAAAUUAAUAAUGUGCUCUAUUAUUGGUGACCAUGUAUGCGGAAAGCAUGGUAUAUACGAGCACGUGUUAGCUAAGGCUACUAUAGUCACUGAAGAGUGAACUAUAAAGCCUUAUAAUGAGCCACUUUAGAGCAGGGAAAUCCACCCGCACUGGCUGCUGCCACCAACACUGGCUUGGA